AUGGCUGAGAACCCGGCUGCUGCUGCAGUCAAUCUCGGCGCAGGACUCCGGCUACCGGAGACGUCAUCGAGAUGCGUCAUGGAGAGCGGCGCACACAACUUCGAGGUGACUAAUUAUGCGCUGCUUGAGGGACUGGGCGUCGGGAAGUACAUCGCCUCAAGCACAUUCAGGGUCGGCGGCUACGAUUGGAAUAUGAGGUUCUACCCGGACGGAGAGAGGAAGGAGUCUGCCGGCAACGCUUCAGCCUUCUUGGCUAAUCUCAGCCAGGCCAAGGACGAGGUGAGGACAAAGUUCACCUUAAGCAUGCUGGACGAUCAUGGCAAUGCACAGGAAAGCAAUCGCUGUGAUUACCUGCCCGGCCGCCUCGAGCGCGCCCUUAAGGACGGGAAGGGCACCGACGUGACGCUCCUCGUGGGUGGCAGGGAGUUCAUCGCCCACAGGUUCAUGCUGGCCGCACAGUCGCCGGUUUUCGACGCUCAGCUCUUUGGCCCGAUGACGGAUGAGGAGGACACGCGGCGCAUAGAGGUUGUCGACAUGGAGCCGGCCAUCUUUGAGAUGCUUCUUCACUACAUCUACAAGGAUUCGCUGCCCUCAUGUGGCGAGAAAGGUUACGAUGCUGCGACCAUGCAGCACUUGCUAGUGGCGGCAGACCGGUACGGCAUGGACAGGCUCAAGGCGAUGUGCGAGGAGAAGCUGUUGGAAAGCAUCAACGUGCAGACCGUUACAAGUACAUUGGCGCUUGCAGAUCGGCACUUCUGCGAGCAGCUCAAGGAUGCUUGUGACAAGUUUCUUUCUGCGCCGGGAAUAGCGGCCAUUGUCUUGUUAAGAAACGGGUGCACACGCCUCAUGGCAAUGCUACAAUCGGGGCACAAGGAGGAGGCAGCUGCCGCGGGGACGAAGUAA